AUGUACUGUCUGUCCCAUGCAGCCACACUGGCCUUGUCACCUGCUGAGGAUGACAGACUAGAACACUGGCACAGUAAAGCCUGCAAGUGUGAUUGUCAGGGAAGUCCCAACUCAGUAUGGUCCAUCGGAACAAACAGUCUGCAGUGCAUGCCAGAAUGUCCCUAUCACAAGCCACUUGGUUUUGAGUCUGGAUCUGUUACUUCAGACCAGAUAAGCUGUGCGAAUCCAGAUCAGUACACAGGAUGGUAUACUUCAUGGACUGCCAACAAAGCUCGGCUUAAUGGACAAGGCUUUGGGUGUGCCUGGCUCUCUAAGUUUCAAGACUCUAACCAGUGGCUACAGAUUGACCUGAAGGAAAUCAAAGUUAUUUCAGGGAUACUCACACAAGGAAGGUGUGAUGCAGAUGAAUGGAUGACAAAAUACAGUGUUCAGUAUAGAACUGAUGAAAAUCUGAACUGGGUCUAUUACAAGGACCAGACAGGAAACAACCGGGUUUUCUAUGGGAACUCAGACAGAUCAUCCUCUGUGCAAAACCUUCUGCGUCCACCCAUUGUCUCCCGCUACAUUCGAUUGAUACCUCUUGGUUGGCAUGUGCGCAUUGCCAUCAGGAUGGAGUUACUUGAGUGCAUGAACAAGUGUGGUUGA